CUGGGAAAGGAUAAAGAGACGCGAGGCGGAAUUGGGGUCUGCUCUAAGCUGCAGCAAGGGAAACAGUGUGUGAGGGGAAGAGGCCUGUUUCGCUCCCGGGUCUCUAGUUCUUGCACGCUCUUUAAGAGUCUGCAUUGGAGGAACUCUGCCAUUACCAGCUCCCUUCUUGCAGAAGGGAGGGGGAAACAUACAUUUAUUCAUGCCAGUCUGUUGCAUGAAGGCUUUUUGGCUUCCUACCUUGCAACAAAAUAAUUGCACAAACUCCUUAGUACCGAUUCCGCCCACAGAGAGUCCUGGAGCCAGAGUCUUUUCUGCUUUGCAUUGUAGGAGAGGGACUAAGUGAUAGAGACUAUGUCGCUUUCCUGAGCUCCUGAGAGCGCUCGUGAACUGGAAUCAACUGCUUCAGGGGAAGGAAAAAAAAAAAAAAAACAGACUUGCCUGGGAGGCGGCGAGAAACUUGCAUUCGAAGCUUCAGCAACCAGCAUUCAAGAAACUCCUCUCCACUUUAGCACGGUCUCCAGGACUCAAGAGCCGAGAGACAGCGCAAACUGCGGCGCGGUGAGAGAAAGAGCGAGAGAGAGAGGGAAGGAGACUCUCCAGCCUGGGAACUAUAACUCCUCUGCAAGAGGCGGAGUACUCCCGCCCCGCAUCUUUUGGAGACUUUCCUCUCUUCGCCCACCUCCGCCCCGGCCGGGAGUUGAGCCGCCCGCUCGGCCGCCGCGCGCGUGCCCCAGCUCGGCGUGCGCUUGGCCCCGGGAGCCGGGAGGGCCCGGCGAUUGCGCCGCGGCCGCCGCAAGGGUGUGAGCGCGCGUGGGCGCCCGCCGAGCCGGGGCCAUGGUGCAGCAAACCAACAACGCCGAGAACACGGAAGCGCUGCUGGCCGGCGAGAGCUCGGACUCGGGCGCCGGCCUCGAGCUGGGCAUCGCCUCCUCCCCCACUCCCGGCUCCACCGCUUCCACGGGCGGCAAGGCCGACGACCCGAGCUGGUGCAAGACGCCGAGCGGGCACAUCAAGAGGCCCAUGAACGCCUUCAUGGUGUGGUCGCAGAUCGAGCGGCGCAAGAUCAUGGAGCAGUCGCCCGACAUGCACAACGCUGAGAUCUCCAAGCGGCUGGGCAAACGCUGGAAACUGCUCAAAGACAGCGACAAGAUUCCUUUCAUUCGGGAGGCGGAGCGGCUGCGUCUCAAGCACAUGGCUGACUACCCCGACUACAAGUACCGGCCCAGGAAGAAGGUGAAGUCCGGCAACGCCAACUCCGGCUCCUCGGCCGCCUCCUCCUCCAAGCUGGGGGAGAAGGGCGACAAGGUCGGUGGCAGCGGCGGGGGCGGCCACGGGGGCGGCGGCGGUGGCGGGAGCGGCAACGCGGGGGGAGGAGGCGGCGGCGCGAGCGGCGGCGGCGCCAACUCCAAACCCGCGCAGAAAAAGAGCUGCGGCUCCAAAGUGGCGGGCGGCGCGGGCGGCGGGGUCGGCAAGCCCCACGCCAAGCUCAUCCUGGCGGGCGGCGGCGGGGGCGGCGGGAAAGCGGCGGCCACCGCCGCCUCCUCUUUCGCGGCCGAGCAGGCAGGGGCCGCCGCUUUGCUGCCCCUGGGCGCCGCCGCCGCCGCGGCCGCCGACCACCACUCGCUGUACAAGACGCGGACUCCCGGCGCCUCGGCCUCGGCGGCGGCUUCGGCCUCCGCCGGCCUCGCGGCCCCGGGUAAACACCUGACCGAGAAGAAGGUGAAGCGCGUCUACCUGUUCGGCGGCCUGGGCGCGUCGUCCUCGCCCGUCGGCGGCGUGGGCGCGGGCGCCGACCCCAGCGACCCCCUCGAUCUGUACGAGGAGGGGGGCGCCGGCUGCUCGCCCGACGGGCCGAGCCUGAGCGGCCGCAGCAGCGCAGCUUCGUCGCCGGCCGCCGGCCGCUCGCCCGCCGACCACCGUAGCUACGCCAGCCUGCGCGCCGCCUCGCCCGCCCCGUCUAGCGCGCCCUCGCACGCGUCCUCGUCGGCCUCGUCCCAUCACUCCUCCUCCUCCUCCUCCUCCUCCUCCUCCUCCUCCUCCGGCUCGUCGUCCUCGGACGACGAGUUCGAAGACGAUCUGCUCGACCUGAACCCCAGCUCAAACUUUGAGAGCAUGUCCCUGGGCAGCUUCAGCUCGUCGUCGGCGCUGGACCGGGACCUGGAUUUUAACUUCGAGCCUGGCUCCGGCUCGCACUUCGAGUUCCCGGACUACUGUACGCCCGAGGUGAGCGAGAUGAUCUCGGGAGACUGGCUGGAGUCCAGCAUCUCCAACCUGGUCUUCACCUACUGAAGGGCGCGCGGGCUGGGAGAA